AUGGUAUUUAGACAACUUGACUGGAUGUUUAACUAUUUCAAUACUACUUGUCAUGGUAACAAAGAUUGCUUCAAGAAAAAUGGAAAAGCUCUUUUCAUGGUUGGGGAGAUAGGAGGAAAUGACUAUAACUACGCCUUUUUGCAAAGAAAAACCAUAAAAGAGGUUAAGACCAUGGUGCCCGAGGUAGUUGAAACCAUAAAACAAGCUACCAAAAGAGUUAUCAGAUAUGGUGCUACUCGGUUAGUUGUUCCUGGAAACUUCCCCAUAGGCUGCUUUCCUGUAUAUCUCACCAAAUACCAAACAAAUAAUGCUACUGCUUAUGAUGAACUUCAUUGUUUAAAGUUGAAUAAUUUUUCAAUCUAUCAUAAUGAUCUUCUUCAAAAAGCUAUUGGUGAGCUAAAAGAACAUCCAGAUGUAAUCGUUGUCUACGGUGACUACUACAAUGCAUUCCUGUGGCUUUUGAGCAAGGGUGAUGUGCUUGGUUUUGAUCCAACAUCAUUGCAAAAAGCUUGCUGCGGAAUUGGGGGAGACUACGAUUAUGGCUUAUCAAGUUGGUGCGGAGAUCCAAAAGUACCGAUAUGCGAAAACCCCAAUCAACGGCUUAGUUGGGAUGGAGUUCAUUUGACACAAAGAGCAUAUGAGUUAAUGGCAACAUGGCUUGUACGGGACAUGUAUCCAAAACUUCAAUGUGAAUACAUUGUUUCAUAUAGUUCUGCUGUCUAG